GAGGACCAACAACAAGAGGACCAACAACAAGAGGACCAACAACAAGAGGACCAACAACAGAAGCUGAGCUGGGGGUGCAGCAGAGGAUUGUGGGAGUUGUAGUUCUCAGCAGGGGAUUGUUGUAGUUCUCAGCAGGGGAUUGUGGGAGUUGUAGUUCUCAGGAUGCUGGGCUCGGUGCUGCUCUGCUGCUGCGUCUUCAGCGCGUUGCGACUCUCUUCUUCUCUCGUGCACGGAAACAUCCACCUGGAGGACUCCACCUUCCUGUCAGACCUGGAGAGGGGCCACGCCCCGGGGAUGGACCCCGCCCUCCUGACCGUUGACUCGCCCGACGACUUCCUGAUGGACCCGGGCUCUUACGACGAGAGUUUCCUGUUUGGUGCGCAGGACUCGGUGCAGCUGCAGGGUCGCUCCAUGCGCUCAUCCCGGCGCUGCGUGGCUCACCAGCAGUCGUGCCUCGGCCUGCCGCUGCCCUGCUGCGACGCCUGCGACACCUGCUACUGCCGCUUCUUCAACGCCAUCUGCUACUGCCGCCGCGUGGGGCACGCCUGCUCCCCCCGACACCGCUAAUGCUAACACCUGCGCCCCCCAGACACCGCUAACA